AUGUCGGGCCACUCAUUGCCAGCGGGGCAUCCUCUCAGCGAAGAACUUACUAGUCUGCGCGCUGCCGUUCUCCGGUUCCAGACAGAGGCCCACGCUUCCGCACUCAACCUCCAGCAUCACGUACUCUCCACGUCUGCCCUCAAUGAACGCGUCGCCCAGCUUGAGGCAGACAAUGCACUUCUUAGCACGGAGGUCGAGGUUCUGCGUGCCAAUCCCAGUCCUUCUACUGCAGAAACCUCGCCAAACGGUCAAGAGACGGUCGCAGAAUUAACCCUCUCACUUCGCCGCCUUUCUGCCAAAUUGACGCUGACGGAAUCGUCCUUGGCAGAGGCCACCCAAACCCUUGUUGCCCAAACCAACUCCGCUCGCGAGGCGGGUCAUGCCGCGAGCGAAGCGUACGCGCUUGCUGCCCGUGCUCGGGCCAGAGAAGAAGAAUGGCGGGUGGUGGCAAACACACGGGAACGGGAACUGGACAGCGCCAAAGAGGAGGCACGGUUGAGCGAUCUGGUGGUGCGAGAGUACGCGGGCCUCGUCAGGACGCUCGAGGGCCGCAAAAGCACAACAUCGCUUACCACAAGCCCGGUCAUCAAGACUUUUCAAGACAGCACUACCACCCUGGUCGAGCCCAAGGAGACCAUCGAGUCGCAAAAGACCCAGUUAGCAGAGUUGAAGUCCGCUUUAACAACGCAAGCUGCUGAAUAUUUUGCUCAAAUCAACGCUCUCGAAAAAGAACGGGAUGAGACAAAUGCUAGAUUCGGCGCCGCCAAUGCCCUCACGGUGGAACUCGGAGAAGAAUUGGCCAAGGCCAAAUUCGAGGCAGAGCAAGCGAAAGUAGACGAUAAAAGUGCAGCGGGCAUGGUCGAGCGCUACAUGAAAUUCACCCAGCAAACCACACAAUCGUUACAUUCCUCCCUCAACGCUCUUCGAGAAAGACAUACUGCCACUACUUCUACACUCACUGCUCAGUUAUCGGCCCUUGCAUCUCAAUUAUCGAUUGCCAAAGCCGACAUUGAACGAUUGCGAGCGGCACUAGACGAAUCUGGUGGCGCUUUGGUGCGAGAAACUGUGGGACGACGAAGGGAAGUUGCAUUGCGCAUGAAACUUGUCGCGAGGGAAGAGCGGGUCGUGGACUCGCUGAAGGAAGCAUUAUCAUCAAGUCAUAACAAUGCUGAUGCAAUGGAGCCGGCCCUUGCCCAAAUCUUGGUCAUGCUCGAUGGACAGGGGAAUGAAGGAAAAGAGGGUCGAAUGCAACUUCUCGAAAAUGCUGUCCAGAUGCUGGUGGGCGAGCUAGAAGAGGAGACCAAAAAUAAGGCGGUGUUGGAUCGCGACGGCAAGAGUCAAAAGCAGAACGAAACGAUGGAUUUCGAGGACGUUUCAGAGGCUCGCCAAGCGAUGAAAGAAUCCGAAAAGGGCACGGAAAUGCCGCUAACAGAGCCCGAUGAUAACGACCUCGAGGUUGUGGUCAGCAGAGAGGAACUCGACAACACGGAGGAUUCACUCUCACCCAUGGGCCCCCUUGAAAACAUAGACGCCAAACUUUCAUCUUUGCCUCCGACACCACCUCGUUUUACAGACAGCUCGAGUAUAUUCCCAACGGAGUCCACAAUGCCGGAAGCCCUUUCGGUCGGGCCAAUCGCAACCACAAUACCACCAAACACAACAAAUGCAUCGGAAUUGACACCGCAUCCGACUCCAGAUUCGCCUUCCAACGCAAAUAUAUCCAUCGCUUUUGCUUCAGCAUCAUCCUCGUCGUCUCUUCCCAGACGUCAUUCUUCAUCUUCACCUCCUUUAGAGACUCUAUAUUCGCCAACCCAAGUAUCACAGCCGAAAAUAGAGAAUCCUCUCCUUGUCCCGUUGUUCAUUGCGGGAGAACGAUAUGCGGAACUCCAAAAUGCGUUCAAAAAAUGUCAUUUGGUGUUACAAGAACUGAAAGGCCGUCUGCAAGCCCAGGCUCCACAAACUCAAACGCAAAAAGACCUUGUUCUGAAUGCGGCCCUCGAGCGAUUACACGACUACACCGAAGACGCGCGUGUCGAACUGGAAAUAUGUGUUGCGGAUGGAGAAGUUGUGCGGAGAGGUUGGGAAGCAAUUGCGGUUGGUGAUAUCCAGCAUCGACAAGAGGAUGUUUCCAACGAAAAGGGGCACAACGAGAUAAAUGCGUUUGUGGAACGGGAGACACGCGUGCAAGCGGGUUUUAGGCGGAAGGUGGUGGAUGUAGAGCACGACGUGGAAAUUUUGAAGCGGUUGAUGGAUGGGGAGUUGGAUCAAGUGGAUUUGGAGGGAGAAAUGCAUUCGCCUGUGUCCCCAACACCGUCGAUUUCACCCUCGUCAUCGACACCGACGUUUUCGAAUAUAAAGCGACCUUCUUCACCAUACACGUAUAGCUAUAACUAUACUCCUCCUGGUCCAGGCGAGGCACAAACUUUCGGAAGUUUAAUGACGAGUCCCAACUCGUUACGGCGGGAGGCCAGUGUUGGCUCUCUACGGCGGGAAGCGAAUGGCAGUCCAAGCUCGACUAGGGUGUCGCUCUCUGCACUUUCGACUCCUGCAAGAACCCGACCGAAAACAGAAGCGCGCAGUCCGUUUGAGGGGCUAGGGCUACGAGUGCCCAUGCCCGCUUUCGUUGGGGGUAACCAUGUUGCAUCGCCGUCAGGGUUAGGGUUGGCGAAAGAGCCGGUUAGGCAACGGACUGUGUCGGGUGUGUUUAUGCUCGGCCUGGGCUCAGCAGGAGAAAGGGCUGCUCGUGGAAGGCGUCCGAGCGGCUUUGGGUUGGGUCUGGGUCCGCCUGGAGGGCAAAACGGUACUAGUAUUAAUAGUGCUACUUUAAGCUUGGGUGGGGAUGUGGAGUAG